AGGACCACAUCUAGGGAUGGAAACCGGAAUCACUGCCUCCACAGACACAGUCUCUAAUUUCUUUACCACUGAGGCUCUUGAUAAAGUAGUCGUCAGUAGUUCCGCGAACACGUGGCCGAGUGCUCAGAUAAAGAUCUUAGUCCCGAGAGAA